AUCGGUAUAUUAUCUUUUGAUCAGAGAUAUCAGAUAAAGUCUGAUCUGAAAUUGUUAUAAAAUUUGUUUCGUAACGAAUCCUAUACUUAAUUUGGGCUCAUGGUUCAUGUGGUGGUAUUAAAUGUAUUAUUAGGAUGCAACUGUCUCAUAAAUUAUUCAAACGACCAAUAAUAGGUAAAGGUAGAUAAAGGAGAGUGCGGCCAAUCUAUAUCGUGCCUAACUUGGAAAAGAAGAAGUGGCUUUAAUCAGUAUCUCGAUUAGUUAAAUCCUUAACUGCAGCAUAAUUGGUUCUAAAUUAAUGAACGAGGCCACGUGGGAAAAAAUAAGAACAAGAUUCACGAAAUAAGAACAUUUACAUAUUAAAAUAUACAUAUUAUUAGCGUGUAAGAUAAGGCUCAUGGACUGAUAAAUUGGGGAGUGUAAGUGUUCACUAAGACGACAAGAGAGAAGAAUUCACAGAUAAGUAAAGUGCGAUGAGCUCGGUAGAAAAAGCGGUGGCGGUAGAAGAUGGAGAGUGGCGGCGACGACGGUUUGGGCCGAAACAAGGGAGUGUUAUCCCAAAAGAGAGGAAAUUAGUGAAGAAAAUGAUCUUGGAGGCUCUUCUUCCAUCUCGACCUUCUUUCAACUCCAAGCAGAUAGUAGAGCCACCGCGUAUAAAGCGGCUACAGUCCACUCUCCGGUAGCCUUCAACUUCAAGUGAUGUUUUGUGAAGUACCUUAGAAACUAUUUGGAUCGUAAACUAUAACAAGUUAAAGUAGUAUUUUCCCCUAAUAUGUUGUGUGUCUCUCUUGUAACAUAGUUUGUGUGUUCUUUGGCUUCUUUAAGAAAAGUAUAGAUGCGUGUGUUGUUAAUUUUGCUAAUUUCUUUGUGUAUCCAUGUUAAUUUAAGAUCUAUAAUUUGCUACAUAUCA